AUGGUACAACAUGUUAUUGUGCAAUCGGUGUUAUUGCUAGCUCCUGUAUGUCAUGCUUUGGCCGUGACCGUCACUGUAGAUUGGCGUGGUAAUGGUGCCAUGUUCAAAACAAUCCAGGAAGCGGUGAACAGCUUGUCCCUCACCUCAACUGAAGCCCAAGUUCUGACGAUUGCACCUGGAAAGUAUCUAGAACAGGUCACCAUCCCUUUUCUUCAGGGUCAAUUGAAUGUUUAUGGGUUAAAAACUCCAUCAUUGAACUAUACCGACAAUCAAGUUACGAUAUCCUGCAACAAGAAUCGCGCAACUGAAUCGGAUAACUUUCAUACUGCCACUUUACGGAUCCUAACUUCCAAAGUCAAGAUUUACAACAUCAACGUUGAGAAUACUAGUCCGCCAAGUGCACAUCAGGCUUUAGCUUUGGCUGCUUCUGUUGGUAUGCAAGGAUAUUAUGCUUGCCAGUUCAGUGCAUAUCAAGAUACUGUGUGGACUGAUAGCGGUCAUCAAGUAUUCUCCAAAUGCAUGAUUUCCGGGCUGGUUGACUUCAUUUUUGGCGGCGGCCGAGCCCUUGUCACAAAGACAUUCGUUCGAGUGCUUCCUGGUAGUGUUGGUUAUAUCACGGCUUCUGGCAGAAAAGCUGCCAACAGCUCUGCGUGGAUUCUAUUGGAUCAGUGCCAUAUAGAUGGUGGAGACUCUGGUACCACUCAUAAGAUCUUUUUGGGGCGCCCGUGGCGUCCAUUUGGAAAAGUAAUUGUCCAGCACUCAUACCUUUCCGACAUUAUCAACCCUCGUGGCUGGGCACCAUGGAUGUCUACAAUGUCAACCGCAAAUGCUGAGUUUCAGGAGUUUGGAAAUACUGGUCCAGGUGCACCUCUUGGCAAUAGAACAAUUGGUCAUCAAGCCAAUACCUCAGCCACCAUAUCUGAUAUUUUGGGGGCGGAUUACCUGGCCAUGUCCUAUGUGGAUGGCACAUUCUUGUAA